CAUGGAUUGCAAUUCCCUCUUUCUUUUUUCUCUAAUAAUAAGAUGCCAAUCCACUAUUCCACUCCACUUUAUUCUCCUCAAAUUUCCUUCGUCCUUUCCAUUAUGCUCGAAUCACUUUGUGCACACUUGAAGAAAAACCACUUCAUCAACUACACGUGUCUCUACAUAAAAGCAUGCAGUAACAUUCAUAAAAGCAUGUAGUAACAUUCUUGUUUUUUUUUCCCUUCUACUUCAUCAAUCUUGAAACCAUAUGGUAGUAUAACUUUUGUUGAGUACUACUGUAUUAUUUUUUCUGUUUAUUCCUCUAUGUAUAUGAAGAAGGUUAUGGAUUCUUUAGCUUUAGAUGAUAUAAUCAACCGUUUACUUGAUGUUAGACAUAGGCCAGGGAAACAAGUGCAACUAUCUGAGUUUGAGAUAAAGCAUCUUUGUGUGAAGUCUAGAGAGAUUUUCUUGAAGCAGCCUAAUCUUCUUGAGCUGGAUGCACCAAUAAAGAUCUGCGGGGAUAUCCAUGGUCAGUAUUCUGAUCUACUGAGGCUAUUCGAAUACGGUGGAUUACCUCCAAGAUCCAAUUACCUAUUCUUAGGCGAUUAUGUGGAUCGUGGGAAGCAGAGUCUGGAAACAAUAUGCCUUAUGUUUGCAUAUAAAAUAAAGUAUCCCGAAAACUUUUUCCUUUUGAGGGGAAAUCAUGAAUGUGCUUCCAUUAAUCGUAUAUAUGGAUUCUAUGAUGAAUGCAAAAGAAGGUUCAAUGUUCGAUUGUGGAAGAUAUUCACAGAUUGUUUUAACUGCCUGCCUGUGGCAGCUCUGGUUGAUGAAAAGAUAUUGUGCAUGCAUGGUGGACUCUCCCCGGACCUUCAUCAUCUGGAUCAGAUACGGAACCUCCCACGACCAACUGAUGUUCCUGAAGCUGGACUGCUUUGUGAUCUUUUAUGGUCAGAUCCUAGUAGGGAUGUAAAAGGCUGGGGAAUGAACGAUAGAGGUGUUUCUUACACAUUUAGCCCGGAUAAGGUGACACAAUUUCUUCAGAAGCAAGAUCUUGAUCUCAUUUGCCGUGCCCACCAGGUUGUGGAAGAUGGGUAUGAGUUUUUCGCUGACCGACAGCUGGUGACUAUAUUCUCUGCUCCUAAUUAUUGUGGGGAGUUUAACAAUGCCGGGGCCGUGAUGAGUGUGGAUGAGACACUGAUGUGCUCUUUCCAGAUAUUGAAGCCUGCUGAGAAGAAGCCUAAGUUUGGAUUUGGAAACACCACUAAUAAAAAUGGAACUUCUCUAACAAAAACAAAGUCAUUUCUGGGCAAAGUAGGAUGAAAGAAACCGAACACUUGUUCGUUAUCACCUCAGUUAGCUCCGCGGCAUGCAGCCUUGUUAGAUGUUUGACUCGGGUUGGAAGCAUCGUAGAAGAGUACUCUGAAGAUGAAGAUACCUACGUAUGUAUGAUGGGAAUCGAGAAAUCUGUUACAAUUCUGAUUGUUUUUGUAUAAUAUAAACCAAAAUCUGGUGAAUAUAUGACCUCUUAUAUGAUUCACCAGCAAAAAGAUUCACUAACCUUUGUGUUUAGGAGUGUUGUAAAUGAGUCCAGCUGUUUGUGAACAAAAGUUCAGCUCAAGCUUGUUUUAUGAAACGAGCUGAGCUGAGCUUGUGUUCGGCUUUUAGCUUGAAUAUAUAGUUGUCGAGCUGAGCUCAACGAAACUUGGCUUGUUUUUUAGUGCAUUUCAGAAAUAUGUAUCGUAUCCAUAGCCUUUUUCCUUAUACAAUAAGAUUUCCUAUAUAUUUAUUUUCCUUAUACAAGAAGGAUUCUAA